AGACGACCUGGAGCCAUUGUGUUCAGAAGUCUUGUUUCGUGAUCUUCCACAUUGGAUCGUCAGUAUGAAAUCUUUUUUUACCUGGAUCUGCAUUUCCAGAUGAAGCUCAAGCGAGUCUGCGCAUUAUGGCACAAACUGCUGAACAAGCCUCACACUACCGAGCACAUUCGCGUUUGUGUGGAAAGCCUGGAGAGACAAACCACGGCCGACAAUUAUAACUGCUUCCGCAUGGCCGUGCUGCUCACUCGCGCCGUCACCGCAGCGACCCGCUGUUUCACGAUCACGGGCUCUCCCGACGAGUGCCAGUUAUUUCUGGUUCGAUUGCUGAAAGCUAUGAAGGUCGCGCAGAUUCACGUGCCCCUGAUCGUAUUGAAGGACUACAUCCUGGACGGGCACUAUGGAUCGAGUAACUGGGAAAACAAGUUUUGUCUGCGACAUUCCAUGACGAUGGAGGCCACACCAUUUCAAGGCUGCUGUGGUCGGCUGGCGCUGUACAAUUGGAAAGUUAGCCAUCUGUUUGGCCGCGCCAUGAAUCAGGUGCUCGUCGAGGAGGGUUUGCAUAAGCUGCAGUCUCUUCCGCUGCGGGAAAAGAUGUUGAUGCGGCCCCUGGGAUGGGACCACGUGCUGGCCGUUGAUCACUUGGAGGUUACGCUGCCGCGGGUCGUUCUCGACUAUGGCAAAGGCGAGGCUGGGAUGAUGGCCAGCCGCAUCAUGUGCGCCGUCAACGAGCACUUUCCGCCGGUUACGGAUGAGAUGCACGCAAAGGUCAAGGCCGUUUAUAAUCGUUGGGUGCGCCAACUGGUUUAUCCGGUGGAGUGGGAGCGCAUUCGCAGCUAUCUUUCACUGUUCAGCGGUUUUCACUCGGAUGGCACUCCUCGAUCCUGGGUGGACGUGGAUCUGACACUCGGGGAUACGGCCGAGCUGAGCAAAAUGGCACUGUAUGGGAUUAACGAGAUAUUUAUGGCUGAUCAGUAGCCACUAGACCCGCACGACAAUGCCGCAAACGAUUGUCGCGCAACUUGACACGGCUUCACAUACCGGACAGGAUGGGUCCCAUU